UGUUGUUUAUUAUCUCCAUGAUUUUUCCGCGUGGAGUUUGUUGUAGCCUAGGCCUCUACACUUUUUUUCAUCUCAGAUUCUUUUUAUUGCUUGAAAUGUGAAUUUAAAGUGUUCACAACACACAAAAUAUUGUCCAUAGAUCACUAUAUUCAAUCAGCAAUAAUUAGUUACUAAUUAUGAAGCUUUCCGAUCAAGUAAUUCGGAAUUUUCGAGUGGCAAAGCUUUUCAAGGACCAGAACACAGCCAAAAUCAACAGUGUCGAUUUUUCACAUAACGGUGAAACUUUAAUAUCGAGUAGUGAUGACGAUUCGAUUGUAAUUUAUGACUGUCUAGAAGGAAAACCGAAGAAAACAUUAUAUAGUAAGAAAUAUGGAGUGGAUCUUAUACGCUUUACACAUGCGCAAAACACAUGCAUUUACAGUUCUAAUAAGAUUGACGAUACCAUCCGCUAUUUGUCUUUGCAUGACAACAAAUUCAUCAGAUAUUUUCCAGGGCAUACAAGAAAAGUUGUGAGUUUAUCUAUGUCACCAAUUGAUGAUAGUUUUCUCUCAAGCUCAUUGGACAAAACUAUCAGACUAUGGGACUUGAGGUCACCGAAUUGUCAGGGAAUGAUGCAGUUACAAGGUCGUCCCGUUGCUGCAUUUGAUCCUGAAGGGCUCAUCUUUGCUUGCGGAAUAAAUUCAGAAAUGAUAAAAUUGUACGACCUCCGAUCAUUUGAUAAGGGACCUUUUACAACGUUUCGUUUACAACAAGACCGGGAUUGUGAUUGGACAGGCCUCAAGUUCAGCUCAGAUGGUAAAAUGAUUCUGAUCUCUACAAAUGGACCUGUGAUUCGUCUUAUAGACGCCUUCUCCGGGCAAGCCUUACAGUCAUACAUGGGUCAUGUGAAUCAAAAAGGAAUAUUAUUGGAAGCAUCUUUUAGCCCAGAUGCUCAAUUUGUUUUGUCAGGAUCUCAGGAUGGUAGAGUACAUGUUUGGAAUGCUGAAAACGGGACCAAGACAGCAGUGCUAGACUCAAGUCACAAUGGGGCACCAGUUCACUGUGUCCAGUUCAACCCGAAGUUUUUAAUGUUAGCCACAUCAUCACAGUCAAUGUCUUUCUGGCUACCAAAUAUUGAUGAGUGAAAAUUACUAUGCUACCAAUCUAAUAAGGAUUCAAACAAUGGAAUAAUAUAAAAUAUUUGUAUGAAAAUGUCACUACAUGUGGAGUAUUUUGUGUAUAAUAGAGAGGAUCUGAUACAUCUUUACGCAGCCUAGUAUUUCCAGAAGGAAGUGAGUGCAGAGACUUAGAUCCCAGUCGUUUCACAAAGAAUUGAUGGCAAAGGAUUAGUUUCAAGUAUUUUGGCAAGCAUAGCUUGUUACUAAGGAAGUGCAGAGGUGUAAAUUAAAUAGAAAAAUGUAGACAGUGUAAGCAGGUUAGGACUACAGUCCUGUAUUUAAAUUAUCCAACAGGUGCUACUGAGCUUUGUAAAAUUGGG